AUGGGUGACCCUAAAAAUGCAAUCACUGAACCUAAAGCUAUAAGCCAAGCUUCUUCAUCGUCAGUUACUACUAUUGUGCCAGUUCGCACGUGCGGUGACAGCCUCUCUGAUUCUGCCACGUGUGAAAACCCUUGUCCACUUGAUAGUAUCACUUCUACUACUACUACGACUACUACUACUGUUUCUUUUGCGGCUCCUUGUAAUUCUACUACAACUGGUAAUGAUAUCAUCACUUUAAUGGCCAGUGACCCCGACAUCUCUCGCCGGAAAAAGCAUCCUCUUUACCGGGGUAUCCGUUGCCGGAGCGGUAAAUGGGUCUCUGAGAUCCGUGAGCCUAAGAAGACUACACGUGUCUGGCUCGGUACUUACCCCACGCCGGAGAUGGCUGCUGCCGCCUAUGACGUGGCGGCUUUAGCUCUUAAAGGUGGAGACACCGUCUUGAACUUCCCGGAUUCCGUGGGAUCUUACCCCAUUCCCCUUUCCUCUUCCGCAGCUCAUAUCAGAUGCGCUGCGGCCGCGGCUGCUGCUGCUGCGGGUGCGUGUGCGGCUACGAGUGCAGCUGCCGUGAAGGGAGGUGAAAAGAAGGAAGAGGAAGUUUGUGAUGGGGCGGGAUCUUCGAAUACACAGUUUGUGGACGAAGAAGAGCUAUUGAACAUGCCUGGUUUGCUAGCUGAUAUGGCCAAGGGGAUGAUGGUGGCUCCACCGUGGAUGGGAUCUCCUCCGUCAGAUGAUUCACCGGAGAAUUCUGACGGAGAGAGAUUGUGGAGCUAUUGAUCCAUUGAUUUGGUUGAUAUUUCUUGUUUUAAUUUCUUGUUUUAUUGCGAGUCAUCUUUUGUUUCUGAUGAUUGUUUGAGAUGAUUUGUUUAAAUAAUCGUAUGUUUUCAAUUUAACCACUUUUUAUGAUUCAAGAAGAUCGAUCUUUCUUAACAAUUUUAGUCACAUUUCGUUUUUGGAGUGUG